UUGGUCAUCUUCCUCUCGCUCUGCAUUUGCAAGUUCUGAAACAAUGGCGGACCAGGUGAUUCUGCUAGACGAAAAUGCUAGUAUGUUCGGGAUGAGGGUUAGGAUAUCCUUGGCCGAGAAGGGGAUCAAAUACGAGUACAAGGAGCAGGACUUGUUCAACAAAAGUCCUCUUCUUCUUCAGAUGAACCCGGUUCACAAGAAGAUCCCUGUUCUAAUCCACAACGGCAAGCCAAUCUGUGAGUCUCUCGUCAUUGUUCAGUACAUCGAUGAGGUCUGGAACGACAGGUCCUCUCUGCUUCCCUCCGAUGCUUAUGAGAGAGCUCAAGCUAGGUUUUGGGCCGAUUAUGUCGACAAGAAGUUGUAUGAUGCUGCGAGGAAGAUAUUCACCACAAAAGGAGAAGACCUAGAGGCAGCCAAGGAGGAAUUCACAGGAAUCCUGAAGGUCUUGGAGGAUGAGCUUGGUGAUAAGCCCUACUUUGGAGGCGACAAAUUUGGGUUUGUUGAUAUUGCUUUGGUCGGCUUCUAUAGCUGGUUUUACGCCUUUGAGACCUUUGGCAAUUUCAGUAUAGAGAGUAGAUUGCCCAAGAUUGUUUCAUGGGCCAAGAGGUGCAUGCAGAAGGAGACUGUGUCCAAGUCCCUUUGCGAUGAGAAGGUUGUCUACGACUUUGCUAUGAUGGUUAGGAAUAAGUUUGGCAUUGAGUAGGGUGAUCGAUGUAUUCUUGCUUGGGAUUUUUAUUCAGUGCUCUUGGCGUUUGCCUUUUAUUGUGUCUUCUUUGUUGUGUAUGAAUAAGUGACACGGUCACACGGGUGUGUCUCUCAACCGUCCACGUAAAACCCCCAAACCCCGAUCCGCAAUUUAGGUGUUUUUGAGUCUGAAAAAAUAUAUGUUUUUUAAAAAAAUAUGUGAAAGUGUGUUCAU